ACGGGACCAACCAUCCAAGGAAUUGGGAGCCGAUCGUCCACAAGUUCCCGCUAACAAUUUGAGCCUGAAGAACUCCGAUUCACUAGUCGCAGAUGACAAUUCACAAAUCCCACCCAUUCUUUCUCUUCUCCAUUUGAUUCUCUCUUCUAUAUCCGUCAAUUGAUCGGUACACCUAAGCUCAGACUCGAAGGAGUGAAGUCAAAAUCGGGAAAUAUGAGCAAUCUUCGAACUAUCUGCAGACCUCACACCAUCUUCUCUUCGAUCGCAUCUUGUUGCCGGGAUCGAGUUCAUUCGAGGUCACUAUCUCUUGUUAGGGCUUCGAGUCGAAAUCCUUAUUCAAAUCUCCGCCUUUUGUCUCCAUCCGUCUUUUCUCCGCGGCUUGAUUCACCGGAAUUUAUCUGGACUGAAUCAUGGGCAACUAGGUUUAGUCAGAGGAGGACGAUGGUUCGGGCAUCCAACUGGGCUGAUACCAAAUCUCCCUACGAAACUCUGGAAUUGGAAGGAGAUGCUGAUGAAGAGAAGAUAAAGUUGGCUUAUAGACGGUUAGCCAAGUUUUAUCAUCCCGAUGUCUAUGAUGGUAGAGGUACUCUUGAAGAAGGAGAAACUGCUGAAGCUAGAUUCAUCAAGAUCCAAGCCGCUUAUGAAUUACUUAUGGAUGUAGAAGAAAGAAAGCAAUAUGAUAUUAAUAAUCGAGUAAACCCAAUGAAGGCAUCUCAAGCAUGGAUGGAGUGGCUUAUGAAGAAAAGGAAGGCGUUUGAUCAGCGCGGUGAUUUGGCUAUUGCAGCAUGGGCUGAGCAGCAGCAGCGCGAUAUGAAUCUCCGUGCACGCCGCCUUUCUCGCUCCAAGGUUGAUCCAGAGGAAGAGAGGAGAAUAUUGGCAAAAGAAAAGAAGGCAUCUGUGGAGUAUUUACACAGUACUCUGAGGAGACACACACUUGUCCUAAAGAAGAGGGACAUAAUGCGAAAGAAAGCCGAAGGGGAUAAGAAAAAAGUUAUUAGUCAACUUCUAGCCUUAGAAGGACUUGAAUUAGCAACAGAUGAUGAAGAUGACGACGAUGAGACAAGACCGAAAUAAUGUUUGUUACACAUAAUAGUUACGCAAAAGAAAGAAAAAAGAAAAUGGUUGUACAUAUUAUUGUUGGUGUGCCCUGUUUUUAUUGUUAUUAGCAUUCAACUCGCUAA